GAGUGUCCAGCCUCGUCUCUUUGUUUUUCUCCGAGAAACGACUCUUCUUCUCUUAAGAAUAAAUGAUAAUCCCGUGUGGCCACUAGAGACUUAACUGAGGACAGCAUCUAAACACGGGCAGGUCACUCAGGUCUUCUAUCUGCUACAGAGUAGGCCUGUGCAGGCAUGGAGCCCCUGGCAGUGGAUGAUGACAUUUGCAUCCUUAAACAUGAGACGGCUUACACCGCUACCGGGGAGAGCCCCGUAUCGGUGUGUGCCGGCGAUGAAUCUGUUGCUUCCCACUUCGCCCUGGUCACAGCAUAUGAGGACAUCAAGAAAAGGCUGCGAGACACAGAACGAGAGAAUACCUUGCUGAGGAAGAGGGUGAAGCAGCUGGAGGAUAAGCUAUUCAGGCCAGAUGCACCUCCAUCAGAAGGUCCCCAAUAUGUGAACAAGGCUUUCAGUGCUUACCGAGGUAUCUACAUAGAAAAGGAGGACCUGCAGCUGGAGCUUAACAAACUGAAAAAGGAGAAGAGUGAGAGUGAGAGGUUGCUGACAGAGCAGCUUCAGCACAAAGAGUUGGAGCUGCUUCAGCUGAAGACAGAGAUGGAGACCAGCCAAGUGAUGAAGAGCCUGAACAGCCCUCAGGACUACUGGCAGGUGGACAGGGUCAGCACUGAGUUAAAGAUCCACAAACUUCAGGAGGAGCUGGAGAGGGUGACACUGGAGAACAGCAGACAGCUGGAGAGAAGUGGGGAGGAACUCCACGGCCUUAACGGACCAGACAUGGACCAGACCUGUGACGUAAAGUAUAAAGCAAGGGAGAGGAGCAUGCAGCAGACGUACGACGCUCUGUGCUCUGAGGUCACCCGUCUCCAUUCAGAGCUGAAGCACCAAACAGGCCUGAUCAGGAAACUCAGGCCGUUGACCAGCGAGACAAGACAAGCUGCCUCAACAGUUCCAAUCCAGUGUCUGGACGACGUGGAAAAAAACAACAACCACCCAGUUCCUCGGGCAUCAGUGCCUCGCUCCCCUAGUGCCCCCCCACUCCCCUCGUGCUCUGGCCGCCCCUGUCCCCCAUCAGGCACCCUGCUGCCGGACAGUCUGAAGGAGGACUGCUGGUACAAUGGGCCCUGGCCCUCCCAGCACUGUUCCGGAGAGGCUCUGGUUAGGAAUGACGCCUCUUCUGUCGUCCUGCCCCCGCCUCCCCUGAACCAGGCCUCCCUAGAUGACAGUUCGAGGUCUUUCCCCAGCCCCCCCAAGCCCAGUGACGCCAUGUUCUGGGAGGGACACUCCGCUGCAUCCAACUCGUCAUCCUCAAUGGGAAACUGCAGUCCCAGGAGCCCUCCCAAUACCGAGUGGGCCAAGCCCUAUUGAGAGGAAGGAUGGGAGGAUAGAUGAUUAAAAAGAGAGUGUGUAAUUGGAUGGAAAAUAAAUGAAUGGACAAUUGAAUGGACCUUCCAACCCUGCCACAUAGCUACCACCUAACUUGCCUUAAGUUGAUAAGACCACUCCUCUGGGUUGGACUAGACUGGACCUACUGGUUGUGGGAACUAAAUGAGGUCAAAAGAGGCCUUUCCGAGGUAAAGACUCUGUGAACUCAUUAAUUUGGCAUCUCUGCACACUGCACUGGUGAACAUAUUGGACUUUGCAGAGGAAUAGAAGAGUUAAUAGGAGAACUUAAGAGAAUCAAUAGUUUGUCCAUGUGUAUGUGUUCUUGUAUGCACAUGCAUAAGUGUGCGCAAGCAUGCAUACAAGCAAUUUAAUUUCUGUGUGUGCAUACAGUAUAUGCACAUCAGAGUGUGCCUGUGUGUGCAGAUCAGUGUGUGGGCAUCUUUCACCCGCCUGUAUCUGUAUCUCGUCAUAAUAAACCUAAUAGGGCUCAAAGGGCCUCUUUCUCCAUUCACUGUGGCCAGUGAUCACUGGGGCCACAGCUGGACACAUAGUACUAGAAUUUGUAAAACUGUACUCCCUCCAAUGCAAGUCUUUUUACAUUCGAUCGCUGUAAAGUAUACAAGGUAUGUAGUCCCAUGUUUGUCUCAUGAUCGUGUGAAGGAGAUGUUUAGGUAUGAGGAAUUGAUGUGUUUGUUUUUGUACUGUGAUGGAGACAGACAUACAGUAACUGUAGGAUAAUUGCAGAUUUUUGUUCCAAACUUAAACUCUCACCAAAUGAAGUAUCCAACAUAAUUUUCUAAAAAUUCUUUUUCAUUAAGGUUUUACGGAAUAUUGUCAAAGUAGGCUGUCAAUCUAUAUCUAUGUGCUUACCAAAUCAUUUUUGAGAAUGCAGUAUCAGUGUUUGAGGAGAUUGCAUAAUGAGUAGUGGGUGAUCAGUUUAGUAUAAAAAAAAAAAAAAAAAAAGUAAUGCAUUCUGAAAUAAAUCACUGCACCCUCACUGGCACCAAAAAAAGGUUCAACUGUUUACAAUUUCACACAAAAUUCCACGACUCAAGCAAGCCUCCUUAAACCUGCCUGUUAUUCAAUACUAUCAGUGCUACUGUCAUGAUGUGUUUUCUUUUCUCAGUUGGAAAGGGACAUAUAGAUGUAAGGCUGUGCAUUGCUGGAUGCUUUUUUUGUGGAUUUUGUUUUUAUUUGAUGGACUCAUGAAAAAGGCUUUGUACACUCCCCUGUAACAUAUUUAAACUGGAAACGUGAUAUGGUUUGGGGACAUUUUAAAUAAUGGAAAAUGUAUCUAAACCCUGUACUGUGCCGAUGUUAAUCUGAUACAUUUGUUUUGCAGUAUGAGGGAAACUGUUGUAUGUCUAGGGAAGUUUCUCUUUUUUAAGAAUCAGAUGAGAAUACACUGAAGGAUGUACAAAAUAUAACACAUUGUGAGUAGAAUACAGGAUUUUCAGAAGGAAGAAUGUGCUGAUGUGUAUAAAUGUUUAUGGUGGGCUUCAGUACUCUACCAAACGCGGUUUUGCACUCCAAAUCAGAGGUUUUGGUUAGAUCUCUCCCACCCCCAAGAUUUCCGAUGUGUUUAAGAGCGGUCUGCGAUGGUGACAAUAAGUGUGUUAACCUGAAGAAAUGUGAGCUGUGACUUGACAAAAAAGGUGCAAAAAGCACAAAGGCCCAUGGUUGUUGUUGAAGAGACUGUUUUUCUCCCCAUUUUUCUCCAGUUUGUUUCAUAACUGUGGUCUUUUUUCUUUUUGUCUUGAUUUUUAAGAAAUAUUAUUUUACAGCAGUAGUUUCAUACUUCUGUAAACGAUUUGCAAACCAAAAUGCAAUGUACAGUAGAUAUGGAUUAUAUUUUAGAUUUACUGCACUUCAGACUGUUUGUAAAUAUGAUCAAUUAAACGAAUGAAAGUGACUGCGUGAGGUUGCUCUGUGAAUCUAUUGAUAUUUUUUUAGCAAUGAGCUUCUGUGGUUCACUUUAAUAAACUGUAAGC